AGGAAAUUGCUUUAAGAACUGCUGACGUUGCUCAGCUUCCCCCCCAAGUGUUAAAUGAAGAGGUCAUCUGCUUAGACAGCACCAGCAGUGGUAGUGAGGAUGACUCCAAAGGAAGACUCCAUAGCAUUAAAGAUGAAGUGAUAGAAUUAAGUUCAGGAGAAGAUGAAGCCCUCCAUAUUGUAGACAGCAGUGAUUCUGGCAAUGAAGGGGAUGAUGAUACUGAAGAGAGCAGUGGUGCCCACGUGAAUGAUGCUCUAAAUCAGUUAGAUGCUUCAGGGCAAGUAAUUAUUAACAUCAACCAUCCACCAAAUGAAGAAGACAUUUAUCUGGCUCCUCAGCUUGCCCGAGCAGUAAAGCCUCACCAGAUCGGUGGUAUUCGUUUCCUAUAUGAUAAUUUGGUGGAAUCCCUGGACAGAUUUAAAACCAGCAGUGGGUUUGGCUGUAUCUUAGCUCAUAGCAUGGGGCUGGGCAAGACUGUGCAAGUCAUCUCCUUUUUGGAUGUACUUUUCCGUCAUAUUGAAGCAAAGACUGUCCUGGCAAUUGUACCUGUAAAUACUCUUCAGAACUGGUUAGCAGAGUUCAACAUGUGGCUUCCAGCACCAGAAGCCCUUCCUGCUGACUAUGACCCAAAAGAGAUUCAGCCUCGCACUUUUAAAGUCCACAUUUUGAAUGAUGAACACAAGACCACUGCAGCACGUGCCAAAGUGGUAACUGACUGGGUGACAGAUGGUGGUGUACUGUUGAUGGGCUAUGAGAUGUACCGCCUACUUUCAUUGAAGAAAUCCUUUGCUAUGGGCAGGAAAAAGAAAAGCAAAAAGCAAACUGGCCCUGUCAUUAUUGAUGUGGAUGAAGAAGAUCGUCAGCAGGAGCUCUUAAAAGGAAUUGAGAAAGCUUUAUCCCGGCCUGGACCAGAUGUGGUCAUUUGUGAUGAGGGACACCGGAUAAAGAAUUGUCAUGCAAGCACCUCUCAGGCUUUGAAAAGCAUCAGAUCUCGGCGAAGGGUAGUUCUGACUGGCUACCCACUGCAGAACAAUUUAAUUGAAUAUUGGUGUAUGGUAGACUUUGUACGCCCCGACUUUCUUGGUACCCGGCAGGAAUUCAGUAAUAUGUUUGAGCGCCCUAUCCUGAACGGACAGUGUCUUGACAGCACCUCCCAUGAUGUUCGUCUAAUGCGGUAUCGCAGUCAUGUCCUGCAUAGCCUGUUGGAAGGCUUUGUACAAAGACGAGGGCACAACGUGCUGAAGGUUCAGCUUCCCGCUAAGGAAGAACAUGUUAUCUUAGUGCGUUUGUCAAAAAUCCAGCGUGCUCUUUAUACUGAGUUCAUGAACAGGUUUCGUGAAGCAGGCAAUAGCGGCUGGCUGGGACUGAACCCACUUAAAGCCUUCUGUGUUUGUUGUAAG